UAUAUAGUUAGUACCUACAAUUUAUUUUUGUUUUGAAAAAUCCAAGCAAAAGGAUUUUUUGCCACAAUCACUAGUUUUUUUUUUUUUUUUGUAAAAUUUUGUACGCAUGUCGGAUACGGACGAAUUUCAAAUCAUUGAGUUUUAAACCACCAACAGUGUCAACAGCAGCAAAGUGAGCGAACACGUAUUUUCAUUCGUUUAAGUUGAAAAACGGAUUCGCUGUCGUCGUAACGUUAGUUUUUCGCUCCUGGCCUGGCGUAUUAAAUAUUCCGAAUUUCAAAAUUGAUAAAAGUCAAAUUUUACAUAUUGAUAACGCAUCCAUUCACUCAACACUGCCACCGAUGAUUAGCGUCUACCAUCAAUUGACAAAAGUAUAACGAAUAAAACAGUCAAGUCAAGGCAAAAAAUGGUUCUUCCGUUUGGACUUGGGCCAGAUGGCCAGCAUCCGACAGCAUCUGGCCGUGCCAUGGUACCGCCAACAGCGCCACCUGCCGAGCCACACGUGCCCAUCACAACGACAGUAACGACCGUGCCUGUAAUCGUGCCACAAAAUUUAAGUCAAUACAUUGAAUUCAUUGUGGUUAACGGUGAUGAUCGAUACAUGAUUCGCUGCGAACGCAAAGCAGUUCUCGAAAACAGUGUCGAACUGGCGAAAAUAAUUCACGCCGGUCCAAAUAGCGGUCGCAAAAAUGACAACCAUUUUCAAAUAUCCAAUGUUGACAAGAAAGACUUUGAACUCUUAAUUCGAUUUCUCGAAACAAAGUUCGUCAAGUACCGCGACCACAUGCACAUUUUGGAAAUACUCGAGCUAGCCAAUCGAUACAACUGUCCCGAUCUUGUAAUUCACUGCAUACGAGAGUUAGACUUGCAACUGACAAGUGCCAUAGUCUUGGAUGUAUUUCGCUCUCUGUGGUAUUACAACAGUGCUGCCCCAUCGACUAUACACCAAAAUCAAUCGGUGACUAGCCAGGAGCCUGGUAAAACGUCAUCGAAAAAAUCUAAAUCAACAACAACCAACACCUAUCCGUUUACACCUGAAGAUCACAUGAUUGCUUUGCUGAAUAAUUCCCUACAAUUGAUUGACAUGCAUGCUGAAUUGGUUCUGACAAAAGAACAAAUGACAGCACUUCGUUUCGAGGAACUCGAAAUGAUUGCUAAACGAGACGCCUUACAGCUCCAUUCGGAGUUAGCCCUUUUCGAAUGCCUUGCCGAUUGGUCAUUGGAAGAGUGUCAGCGUAAGAAACUCGACCCUAAUGCCGAAAAUCGUCGAAGAGUCUUGGGUCCGUUGUGUUAUGCCCCACGUUAUCUAACAAUGACAGCCAAAGACUUUCGGAGAGCAUGUGAUCGAGUGGAAUUAUUAGAUCCGGCGGAAGUGUCCCUCGUUUCCGAUGCAAUCGAUAAUAAAAAAAUGAAACAUCUCACCCCCGAACAGACGCACAUGUUGGAGAAAUUCCGCACCCCACGGCCGGAAUUCGCGAAAAUGCCUAUCCACCUUAGUGAUCGGAGUAAUCCGAAAAACUAUCCAAAAAAAAUGAGACGUGCUGAAAAGACAGAAAACGGAAAUGAUGGUUGUUGGGAGAAUUUCGGAAUGAACUGCUUAACGGUAUUUGCAUGCAUUUUCGACUGAGUAAAACAGAUAUGCCUAAUAAUAUGUAACGUAACGUAGUGUGGAUUCGAUAUAAGAUUAAGGAUUAUACAAAAUAAGCUAAUUUUCGGUGUUGUGUCGUCUUGAAUUUUUUUGAUUUUGUAAAUUAUCCUUUUUCGGUAAGAUCACAUAAAUAAUUCACAUAUAUAUACACACACACAAACAUCAACGCACAUAUACGAUUUGUAUUCUUUGUACCUACACAAACAUUAUAUACAGACAAAAAAAAACAAAAAAUUUAUGCUAGAAGAUAUGUAUUUGUUUCGGAGUAAAUUUAAAAAAAUGAAAGAUUAUUUAAAAUAAUACUAGUCAAUUUGGAGAGAGCGAGCUUUUAUGAAUGAACAAAAAAAUGUAUGACGAAGCAUUUUUUCUUUAACAAAAUAAUAAUACAAAAAAAUUAUUUCUUUGUUUUGUUUUUAAAUUUUAAAAUAUUUGUUAUUAAUCAAUAAAAUAUGUAUGUUAUUUUUAUGCAUUUAUUUUUAGAGUACAAUUAUAUUGUCUAGAGAAUUAGAAAAUAAAAAUAAAACACAAAAUAUUAGCAUUUUCUGUAAGUUUUUAGACGAGAAAGAGUCGUUAUUUAUUUGCAGACUCAUCAUUGUUGUAUUAAAUAGCUAAAUUAUAUCAUAAUGCCAUAUUAUCAGAUAUCAAAAAU